CAAAGGUCAACCUCGUUCACUUUUGCGGCAAGUUUGUUUUCAAACAAGAUUAAGACUCUUGGGGAGUUAAAUGCUGGAAUGAAUUCUUAGUGACGAUGGUAGAAAAUGGACCCAGUAAAUUCAACUUCUUGUGCGAUCCUUGAAGGAUGCUGUGUGUUCUGUGAUAGUUCUGAACAGUCAAUCCAGCGGUAUGGUAAAUUUCUUCAUCAUGAAGAAAGUGGGAUAUAUGCUCAUUACUACUGUAUGCUAUUUGCUUGUGGACUGAGUCAACGUGGUGAGAGCCAUGAAGGGAUCGAAGGAUUCUUGAUCAAGGAUAUCUUGGCAGAGAGGAAGCGAGCACAAAAACUGAAAUGCAAGUACUGCAAGAAGAAAGGAGCGUCAGUGGGUUGCUCAGUAAGGGCAUGUCAUCAGAUCUACCACUAUGGAUGCGGAGUAGAUGAGGAGGCAAUCUUCCUCUUCUAUGACAGCUUUGUGUCCUACUGUAACAAGCACCGCCCUGUCCAGAAGGUGUUGCCUUCCUCCUGUUCACCAAGCAAAGGAACUUGUCCUAUAUGUAUGGACAAUGUGGAGACCACACCAAGCAACAGUGUUCUCAAGACACCCUGCUGUAAAGGCUCGUGGCUGCAUCGAGACUGUGUCCAGAUGCAAGCUCUAAGUGCUGGUUACUUCUUUCGAUGUGCCAUCUGUAACAAUGAGAAUGAGUUUCAGGAUGAGAUGAAGAAAUUUGGGAUCUAUCUUCCAGAAAAGGAUGCUGAUUGGGAGUCUGGAGGUGGGGCUUACCAGGAGUUGUAUGAGAGGCACAACCGAUGUGAUGUAGAUCAAUGUAGAUGCCCCAGGGGCAGAAAGUAUCACACACAGUCAGGUCAAUGGGAGAUUGUACUAUGUGAUCUAUGUGGUUCAGCUGGAUGCCAUGUGUCUUGUGGUGGAUUAGUAACUUCUCUAGAUGACUGGGCAUGCAAGGACUGUACUUCAACCUUCACUAGAGGUUUUCUGGCGCAAAGUGCUGCCACUGAAGGAACGGGUACAGUGAAAUCAACUUGCUCCCCAGGAACUCAACAGACGAGAACUCCAGGUCAAGGUGGUACCCGAGUAAGAUCAGCCAUCAGGUCACAAGGCAAGCGUCCACGUCCACCUCCAACAACACCCAGACAUUUGAAGAAGACAAAACAGAGCAGUACCCCAGUCUGUCCACCUUUGUCGCCUGUGUCCAGUCAAAAGUCCUCACUUUCAAUCUCUCCAAAAUGUACACCCUGUCACACUAUGAAGUUUCCCAGGGUGUCACUGUCUCCAACGUAUGAAUGGGGAGAUUCACGGCCUGGUAGUUCCCAGCAACCAAUUGUUGGCAAUUACAGAGAAUUGCUACCAAAGUUAGAUUGCUACGUAGCCCUGGAACCCCCAUCCAAAAACAGGUAUUGUCCAAACCUCAGCAUGCCAUCUCUUUCUCCAGCUGCCAGCUCAUCCAGGAAGCGCAAGAGUAGUAAUAAGUUGAAAUGUAAGAAGGCCAGGAAAUUAGACCUCAAUUCAUGUAACCUCCCAACUGAGACUGAGAUGAAAGAGACAUCUUCAUCCAAAGGGAAAGGUGAUGUCCUUCAAUCUUCUCAUGAAAAUGUGUCUACACCUUCCGAGAUUGAUGCUUCUAGUGUAAAUGGCAAAGAAUCAGCUGUGAAGCUGAGCUGGGGUAGCAGAUUGCUCGGUUCAGUUGGAUCUUUCCUUUGGAGGAGGUCACCAUCAAAAGCAUCAGACAGCUCAGAAGUAAGUCAGGACAGAAGAGCCACUUGCAAUAAUAGUAAUGGCAUUCAGAAAUCAACCUCAUCACAAAAACAACAUACACAUGGUUCAAAGGUACCUUCGUCCAGUUUUGAGUCUCAGGAAUCUCUUCCAAAAUGCAACUCUCCUGUAGCACUUUCUGACGAGAUAAAGGCACAAAUAAUCCCAGUAACCUCUGAAAAUAUUCCAGUCAAAACAAAGAACAUGUUACAUGAUCUUACAUCAUGGAAGGAUGAUACCACGUGGAAAGAAGCAAAGCAAGAUCUUGCUCAUUUGUUUCAGGUCGAUGGCAGGGCUACAAGGAGUGCCUUGAAGAAUGUUGGGAAGACACCAUCUAAACCUACAGGAGAGGAAAGAAAAGGCAGUUGUAUCAACAGAGAUGAAAUCCCUCAGAAACCACAUCUUCCCGAAGAUAAACCCUGUGAUACCAAGAGCGCAUUAUCCAACAGCCAUCAUCAUGUCUAUUCUCAUCAAAAGUCCAACUCUCCUGUAGCACUCUCUGACGAGAUAAAGGCACAAAUAAUCCCAGUAACCUAUGAGAACAUGCCAUCCAAAAGAAAGAACCUGUUACAUGAUCUUACAUCAUGGAAGGAUGAUACCACUUGGAAAGAAGCGAAGCAAGAACUUGCACAUCUCUUUCAGGUCGAUGGCAGGGCUACAAGGAGUGCUUUGAAGAAAGAUGGGACAACACCAACAACAAAAAUGGUAAAUGAGAGAAAAGCACACUGUACUGAUAGUGUUAACAUCACUCAGAAACCACUUGUUUCCCUCCAAACAAUAUCUGAUGUACAGUGCUCAGUAUCUACCAACCUGGAGUCCCCUGCUGAUUCUCCUCUAGAUUCUGAUUCUCCUGUAUCCUUUUCAGAGGACAAAGAGACACGUGUCAUCUCAUUGCCCACUGAAAACCUGACACGCAAAGGGAAAUACCUGCUGAAUGAUCUGACAUCAUGGAAGGAUGAUACAACCUGGAAAGAAGCAAAGCAAGAUCUGGCUUAUUUGUAUCAGGUUGAUGGCAGGGCUACAAGGAGUGCCUUGAAGAAAGAUGGGACACAGUUAGCAGAUACUACAGCUCCUAGCUCUUCAACCAAAAAGAAGAGAAAGUUUGAACUUCUUCAUUCACCAUCUCUUCCUCUGCAUCAACCAGGGCAUACACUCAGCGAUCCGAUCAAUGGUCUAUGGGCCAGCCCAAAAGCAUCAAAUAAUGCAAUAAUUCGUGAGAAAGUUGUCAGGAAUAAAGUACCAUCAUCCAAUGAAUCUUCCACCAAAGGAUCUUGUCAGAUUCCCAAUGACAAGCAGAUAAAUGAAAGACAAGAACAGUCUUUACAUACAGAGGUAGAGAAGCCUGCAAAUAUCAACACAUUGUCAGCUGGCACAAAAAAACUUCAUGCACUUACUUCAUGGAAGGAUGAUAUGACAUGGAAAGAAGCGAAAGGAGAUCUUGCCAUCCUUUCCCAAGUUGAUGGGAGGACAACAAGAAGUGUCAUUCACAAAGAUGUAGAGACUAAAUCCAGCUCAGUAACAAACAAAACUUCCACAGGCUUUGAAAUGCUGAGUACUUCGCUUCUGACCUCAUUAAAGAAAAGUGAACAAGUAGACCAGACACAUGAUGAUGCAAUUGAAACGGGCUACGAUGACUUUGGAGAAGCAAUCAAGCGAAAAUCAAGGAAAAGUUUAUUGGAGGUCUUUUGCUUGGAUGAUUAUACAAAUUCCUCCAAGUUAGAUUCCUCAGAUUCCUCCAAUUUAGAUGACAGUGAGAGUAAAUCAAGUGUGCACGAUGUAGAGAGGCAUAUCCUGCUGCUCGAUCGAUCAUCACAAACAACAGCUACUAUAGAGGACGCUGAGGCUUACGUUGCAUCAAUGGGACUCCAUUACAAAGAACCAUGUAAUGUACCUCCUACAUUAAAACAAGACAGCAACUUCAGAAGUGGAUACACACAGACAUACAAUAUGAGAUAUGAAACUCACCUCACAGAGCCUACUUCAAGCAAGGUCCAAAGUGUUGCAAAUGAAGUGAAUUGUUUCAAUGGAGAACUUACAGAAAUGCCUGAAAUGAGUGAUGGUGAAAUCACACCACAGAAAGACAACUGCCUGUCAAAAAGAAGCAAAAAAGCACUUUCAUUUUCAGAGAAGAAACCUAAGGAAGCUAGAGUAACUAUAGCACAGGCAGUGAAUGUGAGACGUUCAUACAGCUGUAAGAAAGGUUCACAAAGAAGACAACAUUUACGCUCUUCACCCUCGUCACAUGCUGCUAUAUCUUCACUUCCUCUUGUAAAGAAACCAAGGCAGGCCUCUGAAUCCCCAGAGUUAUCAACUCAUCAAGAUAGAGAGAGAGAUCAUCACGGACACUUUGUGCCAUAUUUGAAGGAAAUCAACUCACUAAAGGUAAGCACACAUGCUGGAAAUAGUAAGCAGUCCUGUGUCUCUCAUUCCAAUCAAGCUGAAGUAGUGGAAUGCAGCAAGAGUCCUGUCAACCAAGUAAAAACAGAUGCAGUCAUACAACCCAAUGAGAGAACACAACAUCUACAGUCAUUCCAUGGAAAGAUGCCUCACAAGAAAGAAAGUGAUGACCUUGAUCAAGGGUUACAAACAGGAAAAGGGUACAUAGGGCAUCAUAUGGAACAACCAUCUGCAUUGCACAUUUCAGGUGAUAUAUUGCCAAGAAUGAUAUCGCAAAGGAAGAGUCAUUCUGGUUCUUGUUCCCACUCUGGAUGCGUGGUACACUCCCAAGAAGGUUCACCGAAAGGAGAAAUCAAAGAACCAUGUCACUCUCUUAUAUCAGCUGAUGAGCAGCAAGUAGACUCCACUCCACAGGUAUCAGCAAUGCCUUCAGCAAUACUUACAGAUACAAGUGAUCAACUGAUGAACAGAGAUGUAUCAGCUGGGUUCAAAAGUACAGAAGCAGUGUCUGAAACUGCAAACAUGUGCAGAAGUUUGCUGGAUGAGGUACUCACAAAUGCAUUUAAACAAUCCAAAUGUCGAGGUAAAAGAACACAUUGGGAAAUUUUAAAAUCAUGGCCAAAAGAUGGUUUGUGGAAGGAGGCAAUUGAUGAUGUUCAGAUGCUGUUAAAUGCUGAAGAAAGGAUCACCAGAAGCAGUAGAAAGGAACCAAAGCAUAUGCAUCCAUCAGAAAGUCCAUCAUUGGCUAAAGCAAAGACAGAACUUGGCUCUUCCACCAAUAUUGUUCAGCCAAUUCCUACACUCAACGUGCGGAAGAGGAAGUACUGCUGUUCACACAUGCGAAGCCCCUGGAAAUCUCCACUAAGGAGCAAAUCUAUCACCCACACAACAUCCACUGAAUCUGAAGGGCCUCAGGAGUUCUCAACACCGUUCAGGAAUAGGUCACAUCCUGCCACACAUGAGAAAUCAGAUGGUGAAGAAGCACAUGUAUCCCCAAGUAAUGAUUCCAAAUGGCUAAAGAGUACCUCAGAAGCAAAUGUUAAUAUUACUCCUUCAAGUAUGAGAAAGGUGUGGAAGCCAAGAGUUCAUUCAAGUGUUAAAACUGAUAAACAAGAUGGCAGAAUUGAUAUCUCAUGGUCCCGUUCAAAGAAAUCGGGUAUGCCCAAACUACAUUCUGCUGCAAUAAGAAAUGUAGAAGCAAACAAAGAAUUUCAGGAAUGCAGAGCAAAAAAGAUGGGAAGGCCUAGAAAGCACCUUACUCAUAUAGUUACUUUUGGUAUGCCCAAACUGCAUUCUAAUGCAAAAAGAAAUGUAGAAGCAAACAAGAAAUUUCAGGAAUACAGAGCAAAAAAGAUGGGAAGGCCUAGAAAGCAAGUUUCUCAUAGAGUUAAGCCGGAAAAGAGAGGUAGUACAUUCAAGCAAAUGGUUGAUACUUCUGUGACAAAGAAAAAGAUGGGAAGGCCUCGAAAGCAAGUUGUUGAUAUCUCUGAAUCAGAAGAGAGAGGGAGUACAUGCAAGCAAAUAGUUGAUACUUCUGUGACAAAGAAAAAGAUGGGAAGGCCUCGAAAGCAAGUUGUUGAUAUAGCUGAAUCAGAAGAGAGAGGGAAUACAUGCAAGCAAAUUGUUGAUAGUUCUGUGACAAAGAAAAAGAUGGGAAGGCCUCGAAAGCAAGUUGUUGAUAUAGCUGAAUCAGAAGAGAGAGGGAAUACAUGCAAGCAAAUUGUUGAUACUUCUGUGACAAAGAAAAAGAUGGGAAGGCCUCGAAAGCAAGUUGUUGAUAUCGCUGAAUCAGAAGAGAGAGGGAGUACAUGCAAGCAAAUAGUUGAUACUUCUGUGACAAAGAAAAAGAUGGGAAGGCCUCGAAAGCAAGUUGUUGAUAUCUCUGAAUCAGAAGAGAGAGGGAGUACAUGCAAGCAAAUAGUUGAUACUUCUGUGACAAAGAAAAAGAUGGGAAGGCCUCGAAAGCAAGUUGUUGAUAUCCCUGAAUCAGAGAAAAGAGGUAGUCCAAGCAAGCAACUGGUUGAUACUUCUGUGACAAAGAAAAAGAUGGGAAGGCCUCGAAAGCAAGUUGUUGAUAUCCCUGAAUCAGAGAAAAGCGGUAGUCCAAGCAAGCAACUGGUUGAUACUUCUGUGACAAAGAAAAAGAUGGGAAGGCCUCGAAAGCAAGUUGUUGAUAUCGCUGAAUUAGAACAGAAAGGCAGUCCAAGCAAGCAACUGGUUAAUACUUCUGAGACAAAGAAAAAGAUGGGAAGGCCUCGAAAGCAAGUUGUUGAUAUCCCUGAAUCAGAACAGAAAGGUAGUCCAAGCAAGCAAAUGGUUGAUACUUCUGAGAUGAAGAAAAAGGUAGGAAGGUCUAGGAAGUGCCCAGCUGAUUCUUAUGAGCAGGGAAAUGAUGAAAGCCCUCUAAAGCAACUACUUGAUAUUUCAGAGAAGAAAAAGAAGGAAAGGCCUUGGAAUCAUCCGAUCGAUACUCCUGAGCACAAGACAGACUGUGGUGAAACUACAAAAUCACCAAAGAAUGGAAAGCUCUCUGAUGUGCAGCAAUCGUGCCAAAGUGUUAUUGACAAUUCCAGAAGUAUUAAGAAAGCCAGGAGGAGGUUAGAAUCAAGUACAGCACCACCGCUAUCUGUUGUAAGAGCAGAAGAUGACUUGUCGAUCUGUUUCCUGGCCCGCCAAGAAGUCCAACAAGCUGGCAGAAGUGACACCUGCAAUUCACCUACCCAGACAGAUGCAACAGUUGAGGAAGUGGAGGCCUUUGUCACUUCAAAAGGGAAACUCUAUUUGGAACCUAUUUGGAUGCCAAGACCACUUUACAAAAAGGAAACAACUUGUGAUAUGAGAACUCAGACUUACAACCUGAAAUUAUCACAUUGUUUUGAAGAUACAUGCUCACCCAUUUUUUGUGAUAAACAGGAAGCAAAAGGACUAUCUACAACUCAGAAUAAAGUGAGAAGGAUACGUAAAGCAAACAGAUCACCUCCAACUCUUGAGAAAGUGAUUAAUUUUGACAUCCUUCCAGCAGCCUCAUCAAUGAUCACAAGUAACAUUCCUUGUGCAAUGAUAACUGACUGUUCAUCUCAAACAGAAAUCCAAGUGGAAGAAGUUGAAUCUCAUAUCCAGGCCAUGGGAGAAUGGUAUAGGGAACCUAGCAUCAUUGUGACAGGAUCGCAGGAAAGCAGAGCAGAGGGCAAGACCAGUGUCAGAACACAGACAUACAAUAUGAGCCUCCCUGAAAGAGAACUUCCAACAUUCAAGAGGAAAUGGUCCAAGAGGGUACAAACUCACUUGAAAUCAACACAGACGCUAGCCACAUUGGAGGAAGUCAAGGCGUACAUUGAAGCAAAUAGAAACGUCUAUACAGACCCAAACUAUUCUACCACACAAAGCUACUUCUUGGUUGGCUCAUCCCUAACUAGACACAUACCCACACAAACAUAUUCUUUUGGUCUGGACGAGGUAUCAUCUGAAGAGUGUUCUAAGAAUGAAGAGCAAACAAAGACUGAAGAUAUUACAAGCAAAGGGAAUCCUGAAGAGACAUCAGCUCAGGAUGCUACAAAAAAGGCUCAGGAUUCUUCAAGAGAAAUUCUUGCCAAACCAUUAAUGAGCAAGUUUGUGAAAGAGAAAGAGCAGUUCAGUACCAUUACCCAUCCACAAGAGAAUUCCAAGCAGAAUCCAGAGAAACCAUGUGGAGCAGAUGUUAAGGUCACUAGGAAUGGUGUCUCCAACAAAAUAAAGACAGAUUCUAUCACUUCUGGACUCCAACCUAAGAAGCCAAACUGGUUCCGCUUGAAGCCCAAGAAGUGAUAUUAAACAGGAGAGACAUAUGUAUGUUUUCCUGAAUUAUCAGUUUGAGGAUUGUUUCUCAAUGCCAGCCUGCUAAGCUCAGCGGGAUGUACAAACAAGGUGGAUUUAUUUAUUUUUCUUAUUUGGACUAUCUUGUACGAAAAUAUAUAUCUUUCAUUAAUCGCCACUGUCGUAAUGGCUGCACGUAUUUAUUGAAACAUUGUUGAAGUGUGAAAGACCACCACCGUACUGUUGUGUUACUUGUGUAUCAUGGAUAGUGAACUGGUUUCAUUUUUUCUGUGACUGCUGUAUAGCUUAGUUGACAGUUAAGGAACAAAAUUCACAGUAAGGCCUCAUUCAGUUUUGACGUAAAAUCAUGGUAUUUUUUAAAACAAAUUAUGACGUUAAGUGUAAUACCAUACCUCCAACCCUUACGAAUAAUCCAGAAUAUUCUGAUUUUUCAAAAUGUUGUGUUUUUUUUGGUUUUUUUUUGGUGCUUAAGCCAAAUUAAGCUUGUUUUAUCAUAUGCCACGAUUUAUGAGUGUUUGAUUGCAUCUGUUAAAUGGCUUCAUGAUCGAGCAGCAAAUUUUUAUUCGCUUUUUGGUACAGAUUUACCGCGUGUUGCCAGUUACACUGCCACUGCAAGUGCGAUUUCUUUAUUUUCGAAGGCAUACCGUGCUAAAAAUUCCUAAUUCUUAUUUUUCGUAUUACAUGUACGUGUCACAUUUCUGUAUCUUAAAACACAGAGCUCUGUAAAUACGCGCACGACCUUUGUUGCACGCAGUUGCCAUUUAUUUACACGUUUUUAAAAAUGUGUUGUUUUGUUUGCGGCAGUUACCAUGUCAUAUCUGAAUGUUAUAUUAAUAUUCCAUGCUUUGAAAGAUGAGCAAAUAAAAUUGCUUCUAUACAUGAGAAAA